AUGGAGGCGGUGGCGAGCGCGGCUCCUCUCCGGAAGCCCAAGCCGGAACCCUUUGAAACCGGGGGGAACACGCGGGAGCGACCCCCCCGCGCUGUUACGAAUUCAGUUGGGGAGGCCGAUUACAGCGCCCUCUUCCAAAUCCUCCUGCUCGCCGGUCUCCUGAGCGCCAAGCGGUUCCCGUGCUUCCCCGAGUAUUGUCUCCAUGACCGGGACUACGAGGAGCUGCUGAAGAUCGCCCGGGACGGGCUGGAGCCCGCGGCUCACCCGGCGCACGUGGUCGUGGUGGGCGCGGGGAUCGGCGGGCUGACGGCAGCCAAGCUGCUCCGGGACGCUGGGCACAUGGUUACCGUUCUGGAAAGGAGCAGCAGGGUCGGGGGGCGGAUCCGGACGUACCGGCCUGAGGGACAGGACUGGUACGUGGAGCUGGGACCCAUGCGCCUGCCAAGCAAGCACAGGCUUGUCCGUGAAUUCAUCCGCCAGUUCAACCUGAAGCUGAACCCUUUCAUCCAGAGGGACAACAACACCUGGUACUUCCUGAGGGGUGCUCGGGUCAGGGCUGAGGAGGUGGACAGGAACCCCGACGUCCUGAAUUACACCGUGAAGCCGUCGGAGCGGGGCAAGAGCAGCGUCCAACUGUACCGGGAGGUCCUGAGCAAGGCUCUUAAGAAGUUCCAGACCACUGAUUGCAGUCAGUACCUGGCUCAACACGACUCCUUCUCCACCAAGGAAUAUUUGAUCAAGGUGGGGGGGCUGAGCCGAGGAGCUGUUGACAUGAUUGGUGACUUGCUGAACGAGAACUCGGGGUUUUACCUCUCCUUCCUCGCCUCGCUGUGGGACUUCGACAUCUUCUCCGAUGAGAGUUUUGAUGAAAUCACCGGGGGGUUUGACCAGCUGCCCAGAGCCUUCCACAAGGCGCUGCCCGACGUCGUCCGCUUCAACUGCACCGUGGAGAAGGUCAUGACGAAGGGCGGCAAAGUCCGAGUGUUCUACCGUGCUCCGGACACGCUCGCCCCGAGCGUCAUCACUGCGGAUUACGUCCUGGUCACCUCCAGUGCCAAGGCUACCAGGCACAUCCAGUUCCUCCCGCCGCUGUCCCCCGCCAAGGCCCACGCCCUGCGCUCCAUCAACUACGCGAGCGCCUCCAAAAUCGUCCUGGCGUGCUCCGAGAAGUUCUGGGAGAAGGAUGGGAUCCGCGGGGGCUACUCCGUCACCGACCGCCCUCCCCGCUUCAUCUACUACCCCAGCCACAACUUCUCCAGUGGGGUGGGCGUCAUCCUGGCUUCCUACACCUGGAACAGCGACGCCGAGUUCUUCCUGCCCCUCACGGACGACAGGUGCCUGGACGUGGUGCUCCAAGACCUGGCGGACAUCCACCAGGUGAGCAAGGAGUACCUGCAGUACACCUGUGACCAGCACGUCAUCCAGAAGUGGAAGCUGGACCGACACUCGCUGGGGGCUUUCGCUGCCUUCACCCCCUACCAGUUCGUGGACUACUCGCAGGCGCUGUUCGCUCACGAGGGCCGGCUCCACUUCGCCGGGGAGCACACGGCCCAGCCCCACGCCUGGAUCGACACCGCCAUGAAGUCGGCCAUCAGGGCGGCCGGCAACAUCCACCACGAGAGCGGCGAAGCCGCGGCGCCGGACGGCGAGCGGCUUGGGAGGCCCGCGCGGAGGGAAGAGCUCUGAGCACGCCCCAGCCGUCUCCCGGCGGUGCGAAUCCGGUCCUUUCCGAGGAAAAGCAGCGGAAUUCGCCGGCAGCGAGAG